GCGUACGGAUCAUUGUCAAAUACCACAUACCCUCGUGUUAUUAUUAUUUUAUUUUAUUAUUUCAUUUCUUUUUUAUUUGAAAGUUUAUAAAUAUCGUAAGAAUGUAUUUAUUUGAAAAAUAAUUUUUUUUUAUCUUUUGCUUUUACUUUCUUUGCUACUAAGUAUAAAAAACGGGUUUAUCAUACAAAGCUGAUAAGGAGUUUUUUUAAAUUGGAUAAGAUUUGUAAAAAUUACCCAUUGUGGAGGGUGACGUAAGGCAUACGAGGCAUCGGCAUGUUACAAUCACACCGAUUAGGGUUCAGCUGUCCGGAAAUGGAAACGUGACAAAGAUUGAAUUGGAGCUAGAAGAAGCUCCGGAUGGAAAGGAGGACAGGCAACCCGCCAUCCUCGUUGGCUCAAUGUCGUCGGAAUUGGAUUCUACAGCCGAAAUAAAUUCCACUUAUCCAGGACGUUAUCCACGACCUGGUGGAGCUGUAGUAGUACGAGCAGAAGAAGCACUCAUUGUAGUCUUUGUUCUGUUACUUUGGAUAGGUGCCAUCGCUUUAUUCUUUAACCGUUGGGGAAAAAUACGGAUGUUAGAACCUUACCAGCCAAAAUUUCAACAACAUCGUAAUAGUUGUAGCUCCGUUGAUCCAGUACCUUUGCGUUCGUGUUCAAAAUUUAAUAUUCACUGUGUGGAUCACUCACAAUGUCAAGCAGUAAUUCGUCCAAGACAAAACAGCGUAUUUGUGGAUUCAAGUGCUUCAAUGUUAGGUGAAAAUGGUAAUUUUUCCCGGCGUACUCGAAGUGCUUUUAAUCUUCAGUCAUUGGUACAAACAGAAAUAAGUGGAGGUGAAGAACAAGGUCAAAUUGAAGAAAUUAUUGAAGCAGAGGAAGAGAUUAUUCCAGUGAUGAAUCUAAAGCCUUUCAACGAGCAUCCAAAACCCUUAAGAUCAUUUCAACGUGAAAGAGGAAUGAGUAUUUGUCAGUUUGAUAGAACAGAUGUACUUGUUAGGCCAUUGCAACGUGAAAGAGGAAUGAGUAUUUGCCAGUUUGAUCGGAUGGAUGUUCUUGCUAGGCCUUUACUUAGAGACAAAGGCAUGAGCAUUUGUCAUUUUGACAGAAUGGACGUUCUUGCACGUCCACUUUAUCGCGGUAGCCGUCCUAAUACUUUAACUAAUGCUGAAAAACUUGAAACCUUAGGAAAGUCAUCACAGUGUUAUCGUGACAGUAGAACGAGUAUUGGGAAUGCUGAAAGCUUUACAAAGGUUCUUCAUCAACGAUCUAAAGAUUUUAGACCACCAAAUCUUGUUAGUACGGAUAGGGCGGAAUCACUUGGCCGAAAUACUUCGACGACACUGCGAGAAAAAACAGCCGCCACUACCACCACAAUCACCAUGGCCACCACCACCACCACCACCACCACCACCACCACUACUACUACCAAUACUUUUACUGCGUCUACUACUAUAUCACCAAACGAUCGACCCUCGUGCAGUAAAACACCCGACAUAAUUCUUGGAUAUAAAGCGACUUGUGUGUAG